UGGUGGGCGUGGUCUCAGCGAGCGGCGGCGGCGGUACCUCGCGCGGGUGCCAUGGCGGCGUCGCCGGGGCCGCCGCUGUGGGUCGCGGCGCGGGCGCUGCUACCCGAGUCGGAGGCGGAGCUGCCGCUGUACGGCGCGGUGGAGGACUGGGUGCCGCCGCUACUGCGGCGCUGCUGGGCGCUGUUGUCCGGCGCGGAGCGGCCCAGCGGCGCGCGGGCGCUGCGGCGGGCGGGCGCGGUGCUGCGGGACGCCGCGUGGGAGCGGCUGCACUCGGCGCCGUGGCGCGAGGUGGGCGAGGGCUGGCGGCGGGCCUUCGCCUACGGCUGCCUCUUCUCCGCUCUCGGCGAGCUGGCCGCGGGCCGCCCCGCCGCCCCUGCGCUGCGCCUCUGCGACCUGGGGCUGCUCCUGGGCCGCGACGUGCUGGGCGGCGCCCUGCGGCGGCUGGCGGGCGUCCUGCGGCACCGGCACUGCCCGCGGCGGCCCGGGCGGAGGGUGCAUCGUGACCCCAUUCCAGUCCCUGUGGUGCUGCCGGCAGACGAGGUGCCCCACCUCCACUGCCCUUCACUAGAGAAUUUCAGAGACAACUACCUAAUCCCGCAGCGGCCUGUGGUGUUGGAGGGGAUUAUGGACCACUGGCCGUGUAUGAAGAAGUGGAGCGUGGACUAUAUCUGUGAAGUUGCAGGGUGCCGCACAGUCCCCGUGGAGCUGGGUUCCCGAUAUACCGAUGAGGACUGGUCUCAGCAGCUCAUGACUGUUGGGGACUUCAUCGACCGGUACAUCAUUGGUGAGAAUGGCGUAGGAUACCUUGCCCAGCACCAGCUUUUUGAUCAGAUCCCAGAAUUAAAAGAAGAUAUCAAUAUCCCUGAUUACUGCUGCCUGGGGGAAGAAGAUGAAGACAACAUCACCAUUAACGCUUGGUUCGGUCCAGAAGGCACCAUCUCCCCUCUUCAUCAGGAUCCCCAGCAGAAUUUCUUAGCCCAGGUAUUUGGAAGAAAGUACCUCCGUCUGUGCUCACCACAAGAUUCGGAAAAUGUCUACCCACAUGAAAGCCAAAUGCUUCACAACACCAGUCAGGUUGAUGUGGAAGAUCCUGACUUGGUUAAGUUUCCCAAUUUCCCAAAAGCUGCGUUUCAGUCCUGUGUUCUGAUGCCUGGACAGGUUCUGUUUAUUCCAGUUAAAUACUGGCAUUAUGUUCGAUCACUUGAUACCAGCUUCUCUGUCAGUUUCUGGUGGUCGUAGU